AUGUCACUUUUAAGACCUUCAAUUAGCGGUCGCAUGCUCAAAGCAAGCGCCCCAGUAUUUCGACGAGCCCUUCCCGCUACCGUACGCUUCGACAGCUCGACAGCUGUGGGAACGCCCCUCACGACUUCGAAAUCAGAAAGUGAAGAGACCUCUGUCACUGAGCAGCAAAAGACUCGCAGUCGCAAUGCGCCUAACUAUGCUGCAGAGGUAGACCAAGCUGCUUCGCUCUUUACCCCAAUACCAAAGCGAGUUAUGAACGGGAGUGAGGAAGGUGACGUUGUGCCGGCUGCUGUGUUAUCCGGAGCGCCAAUUGAAUUAGAGGCUAGGACUGUUCGCAUUUACAAACCAGCAAAGACUGCUACCCAAUCUGGAGACUGGCAUGGGCACCAUUGGCGAAUGGACUGGGAUAUCUUGCCCAAGGGACAUAGAUGGGAGAACCCAUUGAUGGGAUGGCAAUCAUCGGCAGAUUUCAUGCAAGGAACACACAUGAACUUCAAAUCGAAGGACGAUGCAAUCAGAUUCGCGGAGAAGCAAGGUUACGAAUACUUCGUCCAGGAGCCAAACAGCCGUAAAAUUCUUCCGAAGGCAUAUGCAAAUAACUUCUUGUGGUCCGAUAAGAGAUUGAAGCAUAUCCGGACGAAGUAG